AUGUCGUCCGACGCUAUAACCUUCUUUGACAUCCCCACCAGGUCCCCUCAGGUGUGCUGGUCAAUGAAUACGUGGAGAACUAGAUUGCUUCUCAAUUAUAAGAAGCUCGAGUAUAAAACCGAAUGGCUUGAAUACCCCGGGAUCAAGGAACGACUCAACCAACGUAUCUCCCCAAACGAACAAGGUCCUGAAUUCACCCUGCCAGUCAUACAAAUGCCCGAUGGGACGUACAUGAUGGACUCCUAUAAGAUUCUCGACUUCAUCGAGGAGAAAUACCCGGAGCCCAGCUUGCAUGUAGGAAAUCCCAUGCAGCUGCGUCUCAGAGCUUCCAUGGUGGGCUUUAUGACACAAAUGGUGCCCAUCUAUGUUCCUGGGAUUGCCAAGAAGAUACUGGGCGAUAAGAGUAUUGAAUUCUUCCUUGAAACACGCGAGGAAGAUGUAGGCAUGCCCUUGUAUGAGUAUGGAGAGAAGAAUUCACCUGGAGCAUAUGAGCGUGCGGAGCCAUCCGCCAAGGAGAUUACAGCGUUGCUCAUGGAGAAUGACUCCGGGCCAUAUUUUCUUGGCGAUACUGUUAGCUAUACUGAUUUCAUAUGGGCUGGCAUUCUGCUAUUCUUCCAGCGUCUUGGGGACGACGAGUAUCAGAAGGUACUGCAGACAACUGGAGAUCCUAAGGUCCACGAGAAGUUCUUAGAAGCACUGAGCCCUUGGACGAAGCGCAAUACUUAA